UCUUCACACACAAACAGGAACACAAUCACACACACACACUCACAGACAGGGAGUCGGGUGGAUCAACGUCUCUUCACUUCCUCCACUUCCUUCUCUUCCUUCUCUUCCUUCUCUUCCUCUCUUCACGGAUCCUCUCGUGUGUUUCCGGGUCCUCGCCUACUGAGAACGAAGAGGAAUCUUUCGUGCGUGUUGAAUCUUUCGUGCGUGUUGACGUAUAGUUUAGAAUCCACGGACCCUGAGAUGACCUGAGGACCUGCUUUAACUGAACGUCAGGUGAUGAGCGCCGAGCGGCUGGAAGACGCCGCCAUGGAGGACGACAGCCGGCCGCUGCUGAGCUCGAGUCAGACGGGAGAGAGCUACUCACACAGAGGCUCCACAGACUCCCUGGACUUCAAGGCCAAAAGGCCGUUCCACGUGGAGCCCCGGAACAUCGUGGACGAGGACCCUCAGGAGAGAGUCUCUGCUGAAGCUGCCAUCCUGAACAGCAGAGUUCACUACUACGGCCGGCUGACGGGCUCGUCUGAUAGGCUGCUGAGUCCUCCGAACCAUGUGGUCCCCCGCACGGAGGAGAUCUACGUCUACAGUCCCCUGGGGACGGCCUUCAAGGUGACCUCCAGCGACUACUCGUCUAAAAACCCCAGCAUCAUCACCAUUUUUGCGAUAUGGAACACGAUGAUGGGAACGUCCAUCCUCAGCAUCCCCUGGGGCAUCAAGCAGGCCGGCUUCACGCUCGGGGUCCUCAUCCUCGUGUCUCUGGGUGUCCUGAUGCUCUACUGCUGUUACAUCGUCCUCAAGUCGCCAAAGUCAAUACCCUACAUAGACACGUCCGACUGGGAGUUCCCUGACGUCUGUCAUUACUACUUUGGAAAGUUCGGACAAUGGUCCAGCUUGGUUUUCUCCAUGGUGUCCCUCAUCGGAGCCAUGGUGGUUUACUGGGUCCUCAUGUCCAACUUCCUGUACAACACGGGACAGUUUAUCUACAAUUCUGCUCAUGGGGUCAACGCCACAGAUUCAGAGUUUGGAACCAACGGCUCAGAGAGAGUCAUCUGCCCGUACCCGAACACCGGCCCCGGGGGGAACGACACCCUCAGCCCGCUUUACCUCAGCGUCAGUGGGAAUGACACGUCGGACGUCUUUGGACACUGGUGGAGCAAAACCAACACGGUCCCCCUGUACCUCAUCGUCCUGCUGCUGCCGCUGCUCUGCUUCCGCUCGGCCUCCUUCUUCGCCAGGUUCACCUUCCUGGGCACCAUAUCAGUCGUCUACCUCCUCGUGCUGGUCACCAUUAAAACCUCCCGCAUCGGGUUCCACCUGGACUUCCACUGGUUUGACCCCAGCGAGUUCUACGUUCCAGAGUUCAGGUUGUUGUUCCCUCAGCUCACUGGCGUCCUCACUUUGGCCUUUUUCAUUCACAACUGUGUCAUCACAUUAAUGAAGAGCAACAAGAACCAAGAGAACAACGUGCGGGACCUGUCGGUGGCCUACCUCCUGGUCGGGCUCACCUACCUCUACGUGGGGGUGCUGAUCUUUGCUGCCUUUCCUUCACCUCCUCUCUCCAAAGAAUGCAUCGAAGCAAACUUCCUGGAUAACUACCCGAGCAGCGACGUCAUGGUGUUCGUGGCCCGGGGCUUCCUGCUCUUCCAGAUGAUCACGGUCUACCCCCUGCUGGGAUACCUGGUGCGGGUCCAGCUGAUGGGUCAGAUCUUUGGGAAUCAUUACCCCAGUUUCUUCCACGUUCUGGCUCUGAACAUCUUAAUCGUUGGAGCCGGUGUCCUCAUGGCCAAGUUUUAUCCCAACAUUGGAUCCAUCAUCCGGUUCUCUGGAGCUACAUGCGGCCUGGCCCUGGUGUUCGUCUUCCCGGCGCUGGUCCACAUGAUCUCUCUGAAGCGCCAGGGGGCGCUCCGCUGGCCCUCAGCCCUGUUCCACAGCUUCCUGAUCCUGCUGGGUCUGUCCAACCUGCUGGCUCAGUUCUUCAUGUAGCCGCCGCCGGGAGGGAGGAAUCUCUGGACUCACAUGUUCUGGUGCUCGGAGCGUUGGGAGCUCCCAGCUGCCAAACAGCCGCCUCCAGCCAAUCAGAGGCUGUGGUUUCAGACUCAAUCUCUCCGGCUGUAACUGAAGCUUGUUUGUGAAUCAGAGGGAAACAGGACUCCAGUGAUUUGGUUUGAUCAAGUUAUCUUUUUAUCUUCUUCAUGCUCUUUAGCUGCUGGUUUUUCUAUGAGCUAAUCUUCCUCAGAGAUAAUUUCUGUCAUGUUGCGGUUGAUUGUUCCUGAACUGAUCCCAGACUCACCGACUCACCGACUCACCGUGUGACAGACGUGCUUCAUACCACAUCAGGACCGUGUUGAGAGGGAAACACCACCGGGCAGUUUCUUUUAAACUGGUGAUAAACCUGUUUUUUAACUUGAGUCAAACUAAAUCAGAGAGGAGCUUUGAUUCGACCACACCGAUUUUAAAGAUGCUGUUGUUGAUACGUUUUAUAAUAAAAAUAUGACAGCUCAUCACUGUUAAAGACGAAAGAGAAUCAUGAGCACAGACAUCAUGAGAGAUCACAUCCCUGGAAACAUUCAAACGGUUGGUAACAAGUUUGACAUGUGAUGGAAUCACUGCAGGUUUAAUUAGUUACGUGUGAUUUUACCCUCGUGUGGAGUUGCGUCACCAGGGAGUUGUGUUACUAACCAUGUUUGUGCGUGUGCAGGACGGACGUGUCAGCUCUUUGUUUUUUUAAAGAAACUUUUGGCACUAGCUUUUUAAUUGUUAUUAGCUGCGUUGAUGGACAUGUUUACAUGAUGUGUUCUGUGUGUUGUAUGUUCUCAAUGGAAGGGAUGACAAAGGGAAAAUAAAACCAUAUUAGUUCACAACAA